CAUUGGGGAGAUUUCCCGUCACUUCCUGUCUAAUAGCUAAAAUAGGAAGUGCGAGAAAAUCCCUCCAAAGUGAGAAAAUCCUCGGUUGUCCCCACAGGAAGAUUUCUCCUCUAUUCCUGUUUUGGUGACAACACAAAAUUUGGGAAAUAUUUUUACUUUCACCUUCAUUCAGGGGCAGACUGACAACUCAUGGGGGCCCUGGGCAAUAGGGGAUCAUGGGGCCCCUGUGUCCUUGCCCACACUCAAAGCACACCCAAAAAAAAGCCUAUAAAAAGGUACCAGGGGCAUUUCAUGGGGCCCCCUACUGACCCCGGGCCCUCGGGCAGUGCCCGAGUGCUUGAAUGGUCAGUCCGCCCCUGAU